CCCCGACCUAAUCCUCCCGAUUUCAAAACCAUGACCUCCACUGCAACCGUCGACCCUGAGCUUCUGGACGGGCGCUCGGCCAUUGACAUCUUCGUCAACAAGAACCAGGGCCAAGGCUACACGUACGAUGACCUGAUCCUCAUGCCGGGCCACAUCAACUUCAGUGUGGACGCUGUGCACCUGGACACCAAGGUGUCGCGCAACAUUUCGCUGCACCUGCCUCUUGUGUCUUCGCCCAUGGACACUGUGACGGAGCACGCUAUGGCCAUCGGCAUGGCGCUGCACGGUGGUAUCGGUAUCAUCCACUACAACAUGACCGUGGAGGAGCAGGUUAAGGAGGUGCGUCUGGUCAAGAAGUUUAAGAAUGGCUUCAUCACGGACCCCAAGUGCCUCUCGCCCGAGGACACUCUUGCCGAUGUGGACCGUAUCAAGGCUGAGUUCGGUUUUGCCGGUAUCCCUAUCACCGAGUCCGGCAAGGUCGGCAGCGUGCUCGCCGGCAUCGUGAGCAACCGUGACAUUGACUUCAUUGAGGACCGUCAGACCAAGCUUAAGGAGGUUAUGUCCACCAACCUCGUGACCGCUCCUGAGGGUGUGUCGCUUACGGAGGCCAACCGUAUUCUACGUGAGAGCAAGAAGGGUAAGCUGCCUAUUGUCAACGCCAAGGGCGAGUUCGUGUCGCUCAUCUCGCGUCGCGAUCUGGUUAAAAACCGCGACUUCCCGCACGCCUCCAAGGAUGCCAACAAGCAGCUGCUGGUCGGUGCUGCUAUCGGCACGCGUCCCAACGACCGUGAACGUUGCACGGAGCUAGUCAAGGCCGGAGUGAACCUCAUCGUCAUUGACUCGUCGCAGGGCGACUCGACCUUCCAGGUUGACCUAAUCAAGUGGAUCAAGGUCACGUACCCCCAGAUCGAUGUGAUUGGCGGAAAUGUCGUCACUCGCAUGCAGUGCAAGCGUCUCAUCGAUGCCGGUGCCGAUGGCCUGAAGGUCGGCAUGGGUGUCGGAUCGAUCUGUACCACGCAGGAGGUGUGCGCUGUCGGCCGCGCUCAGGCCAGCGCUGUGUACAACACCGCUCGUUACGCCCGUCAAUUCGGUGUGCCGGUCAUUGCCGAUGGUGGUAUUGCCAGCUCGGGCCACAUCGUCAAGGCUCUGACUGUCGGUGCUUCGGCCGUCAUGUGCGGCUCGCUCUUUGCCGGCACGGAGGAGUCUCCCGGCCAGUACUUCUUCCAGGAUGGCGUGCGUCUUAAGAAGUACCGUGGUAUGGGUUCUAUCGAGGCCAUGACUGCCGGCUCGUCGAAGCGCUACUUUGCUACCCACGCUGCCGUCAAGGUCGCCCAGGGUGUGAGCGGCGCCGUGGUGGACAAGGGAUCGCUAAUGCGAUACGUGCCGUACCUGCAGCAGGGCAUCAAGCACGGUCUGCAGGACUUGGGCCAGGUGAGCCUCGAGGCCGUGCACUCGGCGCUCCACACGGGCGAGCUGCGCUUCGAGCUGCGUACACCUGCCGCUCAGCGUGAGGGCAACGUCCACUCGCUGCACACGUACGAGAAGCCAAGGUUUCUAUAUCUACAGUAUAUAGUGCAUCGAGCCGAAAACUGCAUGGUAAUGAAGGCCAAUACAUAG